AUGUCGAACCACACAACUACCUAUCCCCCGUCGAAGACAGACGAUACAGAGCAUGAACACAAUCAUGUUCGCUCAGGCCUUGAAGAAUAUGAACGUAGCUUGGAGGGGAGGCCACCUUGGAUGCUGACAACCACUGAGCUGAAGUUGCUCGGGAUAGCCGGGAUUGGAUUCUUUCUUGAUGCCUACGAUCUUUUCAUUAUCAACCCUGUCGCGACAAUGCUACAGUAUCGGCUAUACGGCGGAAAUUCCCUUCCUGCAAACCUUGAGGGUUUUGUCAAGGCCAGUGCGAACAUUGGAAGUGUCAUUGGCCAAUUUCUAUUCGGAUAUCUAGCCGAUGCGCUCGGACGCCGUCGUGUCUAUGGCAAGGAGCUCAUGCUCAUUAUCAUUGCAACCAUACUCUGCCUCACAACUCCGACCGGUUCUAUUUCUCCAAAUAGCUCUCUGAUAUAUCUUGGAAUGUUCCGGAUACUGCUUGGUGUCGGUGUGGGUGGUGACUAUCCUAUGAGUGCGACUGUUACUAGCGACCGUGCUGUGAUUCGGAGGCGAGGAGCGAUGCUAUCUUAUAUUUUCGCGAAUCAAGGAUGGGGUAGCUUCGUUGGUAGCAUUGUCACCAUGAUCGUGCUCCAGUGCUAUAAGAAUGUGAUGCAAGCAGGAAAGACAAGCAAGGUCGACGGCGUUUGGCGGAUCGUCAUCGGACUGAGUUUGAUUCCAGCCUUUGCCACGCUUUACCAGCGCUUGACGCUUCCAGAAGCACGGAGGUAUGAAGCAGCACGAAAGAUGGAGGAGGAAGAUGAUGAACUGAAACGCGAGAAAAGAGCCCAACGACGAGAAGACGAAGCACGUGAGAAGGCAGAGAAAGGUAUCGUAGCCGAUGACAAAAUCGUUCAUGCAAACGGAAGCACAACGGGGAGCGGUUCAUCCACACCGACAGACCCUUCGUCACCCCAGGCCAGCCCGAAAAAAGAGACACAUACCCCGGAACAAAUCAUUGAGGAGGAGCAAGGUGUUGGCACUCGCGAGCUCACGAGACGAAAGAAGUCGCAUUUCAUAGAGUUCCUCGAGUAUUUCUGCGAAUGGCGUCAUGCGAAGAUUUUGAUUGGGACUUCCAUGUGCUGGUUUCUACUUGAUAUCGCGUUCUAUGGUAUCAAUCUUAACCAAAACGUUGUUCUUGAGCAGAUUGGGUUCGACGGUAAUGAGGGCACACCGUGGGAAAAGCUGUUCAAGAUUGCGACUGGAAACCUCAUCAUAACUGCUCUUGGAUUUGUGCCAGGCUAUUACGUAACCGUCUUCACUAUCGAAUACCUCGGCCGCAAGUGGAUCCAAAUACAAGGGUUCCUCUUGUGUGCACUCUUUUUAGGCAUCCUUGCCGGGAAGUUCACGACGCUAGGCACCGUGCCGUUCAUAGUGUGCUUCGCUCUAUUGCAGUUUUUCUUCAACUUUGGGCCGAACACGACAACAUACUGUUAUCCAGCGGAGGUCUUCCCUACCCGCUUCAAAGCAUUUGCACAUGGGUUAAGCGCUGCAUCUGGAAAGGCAGGCGCAAUCAUAUCAGCGCUAGCGUUCAACACGCUUUCCAAGAAAAUUGGGACGCCAGCUGUGUUGUGGAUCUUUUUCGCGUGUUGCAUUGCUGGUGCCUUUUUCACCUUGUUGUUACCCGAGGUAAAAGGUAGAGAUGCAGAUGUAGUCGAAGCUGAGGAGCUUCGCGCUGCUCGCGAGCAGAAGAGGGUAGCAUAGGCGCCACAUCCUCACAAUCCUUGUCCGAUUCAAUUCCGCAUGAGACACGGAAUUGUGUUUCAGUGGAGACAGAGACACAAGUUUCUCUAUACUGGUACUUCCACGUAUACCAGCCCCGAAAUUCAUGGAAGGGAAUAAAACGCUAUGAUAUUUAACGCAGACGUGGGGUUCGAUCUUGUACGAUUUAGGAGUAAUAUUAAUAUUUUGAGAUGCCA